UCAAAGCGGAAGUUCUCGCUUUGCUGCAGCUGUGAUGAACCAGGAAAGGAUGUAGCAUCCGAACGAUAACGUUCAUUUUAAAGCUUUUUUUUAACGUAUAAACCGACUUUCACGCGUAGUUAAAGACUCGGACGAAGCGGACGAUAUGAUUUUAGCGGCGUAUUUGUCGCUUUUCUCGAUAAUAUCGUCGGCGGGAGCAGCUAAGUCUUCAGGGGACGAUGACUGGGUCUAUCUGCCCAACAAAUGUGAAGUGUGUAAGUUCGUCAGCAUCGAGAUGAAGUCGGCCUUCGAUGAGACGGGGAAAACCAAGGAGGUCAUCGGCAGGAACUACGGCUUCAUCGACAGCAAGGGGGCGCCGCCCAUCAAAUACGUCAAGUCAGACCUCCGAUUCAUCGAGGUCGUAGAAAACGUGUGUCAGAGGCUGCUGACGUACAACCUGCACAAAGAGAGGAGUGGAAGCAACCGCUUUGCCAAGGGCAUGUCGGAGACCUUCUCCACCCUGCACGGACUGGUGAACAAAGGCGUGAACGUGGUGAUGGACAUCCCCUUCGAGCUGUGGAACGAGACGUCGGCAGAGGUGGCCGACCUCAAGAAGCAGUGCGACGUGAUGAUCGAGCGGUACGAGGACGUGAUUGAGGACUGGUACAAAGGCAGCCAGGAGGAAGACCUCACCACGUACUUGUGUGAGAAGCACGUCCUCAAAGGGCAGGACGCAGCCUGCCUGGAGGAGGAGUGGAGCCCGAUGAAGAAGGGCGACCAGGCGGCCUUGGCGGAGGACAAGAAGAAGAGGAAGAUGAAGAAGAAGAAGGGGGGGGGGGACGGGGGCUCGGACGGGGAGAAGGCCACGAAAAAGAAGAGGAAGAAGAGCGACAAGAAGCCCAAGAAGAAGAAGAAGAAGAGCAAAGCUCCAGUGGAGAGGGCCGACGGGGGGGCGUCGUCAGACGAGGACAUCCAGCCGCCGGUGCCUCUCUCUGGGGGCAAGACGGAGCUGUGAGACCCCCCCCCCUCCCACCCCCCCCGGAUCAGCUGUUACAUUCAAAAGCAGCUUCUCUUUGAUCCGGUUCUGUUACUUUUAGAUUAGUUUUUUUUUUCACUUUCUAAUGGCUUUGUUUUCAUGAUGCUCUUAAUAGACCCCCCCCAUUGAUACCCACAGCUUUAAUUAUGACAUCAUUUCAACAUCUGUACUUACUUUGUUUGUAUAAUUAUGAAUUUAAAAAUGAAGAUGAGGAACAAAGGGAUACGGAUAAAAUCCAGAAGGCCAAAUAUCAGAAAACAAUAUUGUAGACUAAUAAUUGGGGAUUAUAAUAGAUUUGUGAUCAAUAAGAAUAAUCCGUAAUUUGUAUGAAAGGACAGUAAACUUAAUACUUUUUACAAAUCCAAAUAUUACAAGUCAGCUGGUCUCAUCCAGUAUUGAUCACAUAUUGAUCACAUAUUGAUCACAUGGCUGCAACCGGUUUCUUUUUCUUCAUUUGCUAAAUGUGAUUUUCAUCAAAAUGUGAAUUUGUAUUUUUUGUCUUUUUGCUGUUUUUUUAAAAGAAGUUUUGUUCCAUCUGAAAACUGACUUUAUCAUUGUUUUGUUUUCUGUUCCUACAGAAACGCUCAGAAUGUUUCCUGUGAUCGUAUGUAUUGAUUUUCUCUUUUAACAUCUUAACAUUCAGAGAUGUUUUCCACCUGUAGAAGGUUAUUGAUCCUCUUUAAGGAGUCAACACAACAUGCAACACCUUUUCUUUAAUUGUCAGACAUCUGUCCAGGUCCUUUAUUUUCUCAGAGAGAGAGAGAUAGUGUUGCAUAACAGCUGCUAUUUAAGGUGUGUUCAUGUGUGCUUGGUGACCCCCAAUGAUGUGUGUGUGUGUGUUUACAGUUUUUUACUGAGGUAAAAUGCUGCCUGUGUCGUACUGGAGCUGCUUUUUUGACCCCAUGAACCAAAACAUGGAUCAAUAAAAACUUGGUGACUGUUUAAAGUGUCAUUUUAUCAUCUCCUCAGAGAGAGUCAGUCACAUCUCAAAGUGUGUAGUUGUUGUUGUUAAAAACAAAUAAACAAGACACAGUUAUC